AUGGUACCCAUAUAUACCGUGGAGAAGACGGGGUUUAUUAAUUUGAUUAAAACCUUAGACCCCAGAUAUGAGCUACCCAGCCGCAAGUACUUCGGUGAAGUCGCCUUGCCCCAGCUGUACAACAACACACGAGAGAAAGUCAGCAGAGAACUGGAGGAGCUGUCCUUUUAUUCGGCAACAUCCGACAUGUGGUCCAGUCGGACUAUGCGACCUUACAUGAGUUUAACGGUGCAUUUCAUUAACAAUGCGUGGGAUUUGCGGAGUAUUUCCCUCCAAACGUCAUACUUUCCCGAGGACCACACCGGUGAACUUGUUGCUAAGGGACUGAGAGACGCUCUCGACUGCUGGAACCUGUCUGAGAAUCGUCUAUGCUGCAUGACAACUGACAGCGGCACCAACAUGAUUAAAGCCCUGAGAGUGAACGGAUGGCCAAACCUCCAGUGCUUUGGACACAAACUACACAACGCUAUUGAGAAUGGUGUUAAGGAUCCCCGCAUAGAUCGUGCCAUUGGAGUAUGCAAGAAGAUAGUCGCUGCUUUUUCCUACAGCUGGAAGAAAAGAAGAGAGCUGGGUGUAGCUCAGUCAGAGCUUGGCCUUCCCCCUCAUCAGCUAACAACAGAAUCCCCAACCAGAUGGGGCUCCCGCCAAAAGAUGAUCGAGCGAUUCCUGGAACAGGAGAAGGCUAUAGCCCGUGUCCUGGGGUCUGAUGUUAAAAGCCGCCAUCUUGUGCCCUCUUGGCAAGACAUCGAGGUUUUGGAGUCAGUAAACAAGGCGGUUAAAGCACUCCAAGACUUUACGGAUGCGCUAUCAGGGGAAAUGUAUGUCAGUGUCUCAUACGUCAAGCCUGUUAUCCAUCUGUUCAAAACCAGUCUUUUGCAGCCUGAGGACAACGACACAGAGCUUACCAAAACAAUAAAAAGGAAAAUACUGGGAUACCUUGUUGACAAAUACAGUGAUCCUGUCAAGGAUGAGCUCUUGGACAUGGCCUCUCUGAUGGAUCCAAGGUUCCAGACAUCCUACAUCGACCCAGACAAGGUGGAGCAAGUCAAAAGAAGAGCUGUCAGUGAACUUCUGUCUUUCCCCGCUGACAAAAGCACACCACAGCCUGGUCCAGUUGUGCAGGUGGACCAGGAAGAGGCAAGGCCUCAGCCAGACCCCAAGAGGAAAAAGACCUUAGCAACCUUCUUCAAGAAGAGUGUUGUUGUGCCAACCUCUGACCAGUCGGAAGAAGCUAAAAUAGAGACUGAACUGGCAACCUAUCUGCUCUUGCCAGAGGCAGACCCUGACACUGAUCCACUGCAGUGGUGGAAGAUCAACAAAUCCAACUUCUCAAGGCUCAGUCACCUGGCCAAGAAAUACCUCAGUAUCCCUGCAACAAGUGCCCCAUCUGAGAGGCUUUUCAGUGUGGGGGAGGAGUUGUCACAUGCAGCAGAGCUUGCCUCAAGCCAGAGGCAGUGGACAGGCUGA